CCAGUGUUUACCGUGCGUGAUCUUCAAGUUCGCCUCUUGGGGUGCACCAGUAACGUCCUUCUGCCCGACGCAUCUUUGCCAGCUCUUUCUCCCAACGACCCAGCGGAGCCGGCCUUCCCGUCGUCUCGACCAAUUCCGAGCCCUGUCCCAAAGAUCGCGAUCGAGUCGUACAGCUCGCCCAUUCGUUGCAACCAUGUUCACCUGUGGAACAUGCUGGCGCGUGUUUCACGCUGGGUGGCAGGCUAGGGACCAGCAUUGCGAUGCCACGGGCCAUCGUCGGCCGAAGUUCGAGUGCGAUACCUGUGACAAUUACUUUGACGACGAGGAAGACCGCCGUAAUCAUAUGGAUUACAGGAACCAUUGGUUCGACGAUGCUCCUGAAUGCCGCCUUUGCAAUUCCCGCUUCCCAACGGCAGGAGAGCGGAAUUCGCAUGAAGUUGCUGACCACCAUUACUGUGCCGAGUGCCAGCGCGAAUUCCAGUCCAGGAACAACCUACAGCAGCACAUGAAUUCGGCGCGACACCGUUCCACAAACAUUAAAUGCCCCUUCUGCUCGAGGGAAUGUGGGACUGCCACAGGCCUCACGCAUCAUCUCGAGCGAGGAGCUUGCCCCAACGCGCCGCUUGACCGGGACAAGCUCUACCGCGUGAUUCGAGAACGCGACCCCUCCGGCGUCAUCUCCAACCGGGCUCUUGAGUGGCACGGCGUCAAGACGUUUGAGGCCAGUGAGAAGGCGUGGAAUCGAGGCUGCCAAGCCUACGAGUGCUACCUUUGCCAUCGACUCUUCGACGCCCUCCCGUCGUUGAACGCCCAUCUCUCAUCGCCGAGGCAUCAGCAGAACUUGUAUCAUUGCCCAGGCCGGUCCUGUAGCAAAGAGUUCACGACGUUAGCGGCACUUGUAAACCACCUGGAGAGUGAGAGUUGCGGAUUCAUGCGCUUUCAGGCAGUCCAGACUGGGAUCAACAACCUCGUGUCCUCGAAUCGGUUGAUCGGGUUUUGAGUGAGAUGUGAUACGGAACGUGUGGGUGACAUGGGCGGAGUGUGAAUGCCACGAUCCUGUACUCAUGAAUUGACUGAGGAAUAACCCUAGAGAGGAAGGGAGAUAGUGGGAAUAAGUAUUAAUAUGCGGAUAGAGUUUCAUCCGCGCAGGCCCACAUUCGGUAAGGAUGGAACGACGUCCAUUCGAUGAAUCUUCGAUCGAACCAAUGCGCAAGAAAUGACAUGAUACAUGUCAGGAGAC